AGCCGGGGGUGGGCUCUCGGGGGACAGCAGGCUGCCCCCCCAGAUCCGCAGCGCCGGCCGCCGGGAGCUCGGGGCUCCGGGCGCAGAGGCUGCGCUGUCACAUGGGCGGCGGCGACGGGGCCGCAUUUAAGCGGCCAGGGGACGGCGCCCGCCUGCAGCGCGUCCUCGGGCUCGGCUCCCGCCGGGCGCCCCGCUCCCUGCCCUCCGGGGGCCCCGCGCCACCCCCGCCGGGCCAUGCGAGCGCGGGCCCCGCCGCGAUGAGCUCGCACAUCGCCAAGAGCGAGUCCAAGACGUCGCUGCUCAAGGCGGCGGCGGCGGCGAGCGGGGGCAGCCGGGCUCCCCGCCACGGCUCCGCGCGGGACCCCGGGCUGCGUGGCCGCCGGCUGCCCGGC